UAUAAAUUUUGUUUAUUUAUAAGCACAAAAGAAAUUCCUCUUCUCUAUCUUGAAUAUCCAGCUUUGGGAUCAAAGUUGGCAAACUGCAGUGGUGAUGGAGAAUCCUAGUUUCACUCUUUUGCUUGUCUGUGCCUUGUGCAUUUCCUCAGUGGUACAAUGCAAGUACAACUGCCCCGAAAAGUACGAUCCCCAUGAUAUGCAAGAACGAUACCAACGAUGGGUGGCCCGACAUGGCCGAAAGUACAAGAGCAAGAACGAAUGGGCAUUGCGGUUCGGGAUAUACAAAUCCAAUUCUCAGUUCAUUGAUUGUGUCAAUUCACAGAACCUAUCAUUCAAGUUGACCGAUAACGAAUUCGCAGACAUGACAAAUGAUGAGUUCAGGGCUAUGUAUUUGGGUUACCAAAGCAUAAGAUCUCCAUGUGAGAGCAACAGCAAAGGCUUCGCAUAUGACAAAUAUCACAAUUUGCCAAAAAGCAUAGAUUGGAGAAAGAAAGGUGCUGUCGCUCCAAUCAAGAAUCAAGGCCAAUGUGGGAGUUGUUGGGCAUUCUCAGCAGUGGCAGCCAUAGAAGGGAUCAAUCAAAUUAAAACAGGGAACUUGACAUCUCUUUCGGAACAAGAGCUCAUCGAUUGCGACACCGACUCUAUCGACCAAGGCUGCAACGGUGGACACAUGGUCCAAGCGUAUGAAUUUAUUAUAAAGAACGGUGGAAUCACCACUGAGAAAGACUAUCCAUACACGGGAAGAGAUGACACCUGCAAGAGGACACAAGCUAAAAACCAUGCAGUAACAAUUAGUGGGUAUAAGAGAUUACCUACCAACAAUGAGACAGCUCUGCAAAUAGCAGUUUCCCAGCAACCUGUAUCGGUCGCCAUCGAUGCAGCAGGGCUCGAAUUUCAAUUCUAUUUCGGAGGUGUGUUCACUGGAGAUUGUGGAAAUGAACUCAACCAUGGAGUUGCAAUAGUUGGCUAUGGAGAAGUUCUUAAUAAAAAGUACUGGAUAGUGAAAAAUUCAUGGGGUACUGAAUGGGGUGAAGCUGGCUAUGUAAGGAUGGAACGGGGAGUCUCUGAUAAAAGGGGUCUUUGUGGUAUUGCAAUGGAUACUAGUUACCCUGUUAAGAAGUGAACAGCUUUUUCAGUGAAAUUGGCCUAGGAAUUCUGUUUGCUUAUUGAAAUAUUUCACUUCCUUUUAUAUGUUUUAUAAUUAUAAUUUAA